AUGCAGAGCACCGUCAACUACCUGUGGCAUACGGACGACCUGCUGGGGCAGGGGGCCACGGCCAGCGUGUACAAGGCCCGCAACAAGAAAUCCGGGGAGCUGGUUGCUGUGAAGGUCUUCAACACGGCCAGCUACCUGAGGCCCCGCGAGGUGCAGGUGAGGGAGUUUGAGGUCCUGCGGAAGCUGAACCAUCAGAACAUCAUCAAGCUCUUCGCGGUGGAGGAGACGGGGGCUGGCCGGCAGAAGGUGCUGGUCAUGGAGUACUGCUCUAGCGGGAGCCUGCUGAGUGUGCUGGAGAGCCCCGAGAACGCCUUCGGGCUGCCCGAGGAUGAGUUCCUGGUGGUGCUGCGCUGCGUGGUGGCCGGCAUGAACCACCUGCGGGAGAACGGCAUUGUGCACCGCGACAUCAAGCCUGGGAACAUCAUGCGCCUGCUGGGCGAGGAGGGCCAGAGCAUCUACAAGCUGACGGACUUCGGGGCUGCCCGCGAGCUGGACGAUGACGAGAAGUUCGUCUCGGUCUACGGCACCGAGGAGUACCUGCACCCUGACGUGUACGAGAGGGCGGUGCUCCGCAAGCCCCAGCAGAAAGCUUUUGGGGUGACCGUGGAUCUCUGGAGCAUCGGGGUGACCCUGUACCACGCAGCCACUGGCAGCCUGCCCUUCGUCCCAUUUGGCGGGCCCCGGCGCAACAAGGAGAUCAUGUACCGCAUCACCACGGAGAAGCCAGCCGGGGCCAUUGCAGGCACACAGCGGCGGGAGAACGGGCCCCUGGAGUGGAGCUACACCCUGCCCAUCACUUGCCAGCUGUCCAUGGGUCUACAGAACCAGCUGGUGCCCAUCCUGGCCAACAUCCUGGAGGUGGAGCAGGCCAAGUGCUGGGGCUUCGACCAGUUCUUCGCGGAGACCAGCGACAUCCUGCAGCGAGGGGUGGUCCACGUCUUCUCCCUGCCCCAGGCGGUCCUGCACCACGUCUACGUCCACGCGCACAACACGAUAGCCAUCUUCCUGGAGGCCGUGUACGAGCAGACCAGCGUGGCCCCCCAGCACCAGGAGUACCUCUUUGAGGGUCACCUGUGUGUCCUCGAGCCCGGCCUCUCUGCUCAGCACAUCGCCCACACCACAGCAAGCAGCCCCCUGACCCUGUUCAGCAUGGCCAGCGAGCCCCCCAAGGGGCUGGCCUUCAGGGACCCUGCUCUGGACAUUCCCAAGUUUGUCCCCAAAGUGGACCUGCAGGCAGAUUACAGCACAGCUAAGGGCAUCUUGGGUGCCGGCUACCAGGCCCUGCGGCUGGCACGGACUCUGCUGGGGGGACAGGAGCUGAUGGUUCGGGGGCUGCACUGGUUCGUGGAGAUGCUCCAGGCCACGUGCAGGCGGACGCUGGAGGUCACGAGGAUGGCUCUCCUCUUCCUCAGCAGCAGCCUCGGCACUGAGAGGUUUAGCGGCGUGACCGGGGUGCCUGAGCUCCAGGAACUGAAGAGGACCACAGAGCUGAGGUCCAGGCUGCGGAAUUUGGCUGAGGUCCUCUCCAGAUGCUCCCACAAUAUCACGGAAACGCAGAAGACCCUGAGCGACCUGCGUUCUGAGCUGGUGAAGAACCGGGAUCAGGUACAUGAGGACAGAAGCAUCCAGCAGAUUCAGUGUUGUUUAGACAAGAUGUACCUCAUCUACAAACAGUUCAAGAAAUCCAGAAUGAGGCCAGGGCUGGGCUACAACGAGGAGCAGAUUCACAAGCUGGAUAAGAUGAAUUUUAGUCAUUUAGCCAAAAGGCUCCUGCUGGUGUUCCAGGAGGAAUGUGUGCAGAAGUACCAGGCGUCCCUGGUCACACACGGCAAGCGAAUGAGGCUGGUGCACGAGACCAGGAACCACCUGCGUCUGCUGGGCUGCUCCGUGGCCGCCUGUAACGCGGAAGCCCAGGGAGCCCAGGAGAGCCUCAGCAAGAUCCUUGACCGACUAUCUCACCAGCUCCUGCAGGACAGAACUCAGGGGGCUCCGGCCUCCCCACCGCCGACAGCUCCCUAUCCCAGCUCUGCGCUGAAGGACCUGGUUCUCCACAUGCAGGAGCUCUACGGGGAGAUGAAGGUGCUGGCGUCUGACCUGCAGGACAACAACCGCAUCAUUGAAGGGCUAAGCAGGGUCCCACUGGCUCCUGACAUCUGA